ACGAUGAUAUAUACCUACAUAUUCACAAUGUCUACAAAACAUGAAUACAACAAAACGUCUUCCUUUCCUUCUCUCUCUACAAUCCCCUCUCUCUCUCUUCCCUCUCCUCCCCCAAUGAAUUCCGCCGCAGUACCCCUACCCAACCACCUCAUCGCCGUCGCAGCCGCCGUCAAUCCCCAUUCCACUCGAUGUCCGCCGCCGCCGCCAUUAUCACCCUCCUCCUCAUCGCCGCCGUCUCUCCAGCCCACGCCCUCGGCGGAUCCUCCUCCACCAUCGCCGUGAUCUACGGCUCCGCCACCGUCUGCGGCAUCGUCGCCGAACAAACAACCCGGCGAAUCCAAUGCUGGCGCAACGACCAGUUGAUCGAAAUCUCACCGGCGAUCUCCUUCGACUACAUCGCCGGUGGCCGGGAUAAUUUCUGCGGCGUGAAGUCCGGCGGCUCUGCUCUCCUCUGCUGGGACUCCAAUUUCAUCUCCAAGAGGAUUUACAACAGCAGUUCGGUGCUCUUACAACACCUCACAUUUGGGGAUAAUCAAAUUUGUGCCCUGACCAAUGUUUCUGGAAGCGUUCGAUGCUGGAGAGAUUCAAUCUCGGCUCAAUUCCCAUCUGGGUCUGAACAAUUUCGAUCAAUCUCAUCUGGUUUAGGGUUUUCUUGCGGAGUUUCGAUGAUUUCCAACAGGGUCUCCUGUUGGGGUACCAAUUCAACAUUGGCGAGUAAUAUUCAAUCUCAGUUUGUCAAUGAAUCAAUGUUAGACAUUGCUGUUGGAGGCAAUCACGCUUGUGGAUUGAAUCUAACUGGGUUUUUGAUCUGCAAAGGAAUUAACGACUCUGGACAAUUGAACAUUCCAUCAAAUUCAGCAUUCGAGUACUCUGGAUUAGCUCUUGGUGCUGAUCAUACCUGUGCCACUCGAAAAUCGAAUGGUUCGGUGGUUUGUUGGGGUGGACAUGGAAUGUUUUCAAGCAAUGUAACAGAAGGUGUUUUCUUUGAUUCCAUUGUUGCAGGAUUGAAUUUUACUUGUGGCUUGACUACAAGAAAUUUUUCAAUCCUUUGUUGGGGACCAGGUUGGCCUAACAAUUCAUUUUCCGGGUUUGUUCUUUCAUUGCCAAAGAUACUUCCAGGACCAUGUGAAUCUACAUGUGAUUGUGGUAUAUAUCCUGACUCUCAAACACUCUGUAGUGGUUCUGGUAAUAUCUGUAAUAAACCCUGUAUUUCAGUGCCACCAGUUGCACCGCCACCGCCGACGCCAACGCCAAAGCCACCGCCGCCGCCGCCCAGUCCUACCCCAUCGUCUCCAUCGAAGGCUUUGAAAAAGGGUUUAUUGGCAUUUGCGAUAGUAGGAUCAAUUGGGGCUUUUUCAGGGUUUUGUACCAUAAUUUAUUGCUUGUGGAGUGGUGUUUGUUGCGGGAACAAAAGGAUUCACAAUUCUGUCCAACCAACUGUUACUAUGUCCAAUUCAAUUCAUGGCCAAGCAUCAAACAACAGCCCGCCUUCACGGUCGUCCACGAUUAGGCGUCAGGGCUCUCGCGCCCUGACUAUGAGGCGGCAGAGGAGCGGAACCUCCUCUAAACAUGCUGACAAGGCGGAGGAGCUUUCCUUCUCCGACCUUGUCGCCGCCACCAACAAUUUUUCCCUCGAAAACAAGAUUGGUGCGGGGAGUUUCGGUGUCGUGUACAGAGGCAAAUUAUGGGAUGGCCGCGACGUUGCCAUUAAAAGAGGCGAAACCGGUCUGAAGAUGAAAAAGUUCCAAGAAAAAGAGAGCGCUUUCGAAUCAGAAUUGGCGUUUUUGUCCAGAUUACACCACAAACACUUAGUUAAGCUUGUUGGGUAUUGCGAAGAGGGGGACGAGAGGCUUUUGGUUUACGAGUACAUGAAAAAUGGAGCUCUAUACGAUCACUUACACGACAAGAACAAUGUUGAGAAGAGCAGUAGCAUCUUGAAUUCAUGGAAAAUGAGGAUCAAAAUCGCGUUAGACGCCUCUCGGGGCAUCGAAUACCUUCACAAUUACGCAGUCCCACCAAUCAUCCACAGAGACAUUAAGUCCUCAAACAUUUUGCUCGAUUCGAAUUGGGUUGCUAGAGUGUCUGAUUUUGGAUUAUCAUUGAUGGGUCCAGAGUAUGAUAGAGAUUUCAGGCCAAUGAAAGCAGCUGGGACAGUUGGGUACAUUGAUCCAGAGUACUAUGGCCUAAAUGUUUUGACGACGAAGAGCGAUGUGUACGGCCUUGGAGUUGUAUUACUUGAGUUACUAACCGGGAAGAGGGCAAUAUUCAAGAGCGAUGGCAGCGAAAAUGGGGGAGCACCAACGAGUGUGGUGGAUUUCGCGGUGCCAGCGAUUAUGGCAGGAGAGAUGGGGAAGAUUUUGGACAAGAGGGUUGGGCCGCUGGAGGUGCACGAGGCCGAGGCGGUGGAGCUGGUGGGGUACGUUGCUAUGCAUUGUGUGAAUUUGGAAGGGAAAGAUAGGCCUAACAUGGCUGAUAUUGUUGCUAAUUUGGAGAGAGCAUUGGAUUUAUGUGAUGAUAGCCAUGGAAGCAUCUCUAGUGGUCAAAUCUCCAUUGCUUCAGAGUGAAAUGAAAAAAAAAAACACUGAUUUUUUUUUUAUAUUUAUUUCCUUUUUUGGCUGAUUUAUUUGGAUAUAGUUACCAUUAUGGUGACACUGGUUCGAAAAACAGCAAAUUGAAAUCUUGUUCAUGAGUUUUAUUUUUUUAUUUUUUUUGAACUUUUGCACUGUAAAGAGUAGAGAUUCAUCUAACAUGAGUUGUAGUGUAGGAUUUUGUGAACAUUGACCGCCACAAGAAGCAUUACAUAACAUGAUUCUUCUUCAAUUUUCAAGUGUUGUUUAAGGACCUCUUUUUUGAACUUUGUAUUAUUAUGUGUAGAGAUUCAUAUUGGCAAAAUA